GGAGUUUGACAGACUCAGAGCUGCGGUGCGUUGGUCUCAGUUCAGUCAGAGUCGGAGUCACAGACUUCAGAUAAAAAGAUUAGUGAGAGCUGGAGACUUAAAGUGCAGGAGGUCGAUGACAAGAGGUCGAAGCUGCUGAAACUGUGGAAAUGAAAUGAUCGCGUGAGUCCAGUGGGUGUGCUGGGUGUGAUGGCGGAGCUCCCGUCUGGACUGCUGGAGGCAUGUGUGGUGUUUGGGGCCCCCAGUGAUAAACUAAGAGAUAUAUACCAGCUUCAUCAGCAGAAUAAGCUAAAUGAACUCCCCCUGCUGGAUGCGGAGGUACUUCAAGUCCAUGCCCCACCCUUUGUUACCAAGGAGACCAACUCCAACCAGGCGAUUGGUCCAGCGUUCAGCCGUGUCCAGAGGAGGAAGAGCUUCAUCAAGAAGAAGAGGCGAGAUCGUGUUGCGGAGACGUUAUCUAAUGGAGAUACAGCCAAUCGUGCCGAAGUGUCGUCAGUGACAGAGGACAUCAGUGUUCCGAAGGAUCUGGACCUCAUCGCUCUGCCGCAGCUGUGUUUCCCUGGUGGUCUUCAGUUAGCCAAUGAGCAGAAGGAUGACAGUUACCACUUCCUGGUUUUCACGGACUUGUUUGGGAACCGAACCCAUGGGGUUGUUGUGCAGUACUACAGAGCAGUACAGUUCUGUCAGGAAGGUGUUGUCCAGAACGGCCACAGAUGGACUUCAUCAAAGAGUCGUCUCUACGCUCCCUUCGCUGUGUGCGUCAUCUCCAAGUUCCCCUACUACAACGCUCUGAGAGAAUGCUUGUCAUGUCUUCUGGUUCAAUUGCGGCCUGCGAGACAAGGGGACAUCGAGGAGACCGUCAAGGAGUUUUCAGCCAAACUGUCACUGGUCCCUUUACCACCUCCUGGUCAACUACACGUGUCCUUCAGCCUCCGUCCUCUUCAGGUGGUUCUUCCAUCCAGGGAGGAUCAGGACAGCCCAGUUAUCGACAUUGAUCUGCAUCUACCUUUCCUCUGCUUCACGCACACAACGCUCCUCCAGGUGCUGUCGUGUCUUCUCCAGGAACAGCGGCUGGUCUUCUUCUCAUCAGACUGGGCUCGACUCACUCUGGUUGCUGAGAGUCUUCUGCUGUACCUGCAGCCUCUGUCCUGGCAGCAGCCCUAUGUUCCUGUCCUGUCCAGAGGAAUGUUGGACUUUCUCAUGGCGCCCACUGCCUUCCUCAUGGGCUGUCACAUCAGUCACUUUGAGGAGGUUGCUGCCGAGACGGAGGACCUCAUCCUGGUGAAUGUUGACGAUGGCUUCAUCCAGUCAUCAUGUUCCGAAACCAUUGACCUACCAGCCGUCCCUUUGUCUGCAGCUGAGAGCUUCAUGUCACGGUUUGCUGCAGGUCAUCAGAGGCAGGUCGGUCCAGAGUUGUUCAGAGUGUUUUACACCAUCUGGAAGGAAACUGAGGCUGAAGCACAGGAGGUGUGUUUACCAGCAUCUGUGUUGGAGCACAUCGAGCCCAGCGAGUGCGUCUUCAAGCUUUCCUCCUCGGUCAAAACGGGUCGCGGUGUGGGCAAGAUCGCCAUGACCCAACGACGGCUCUUCCUGCUCACCGACGGACGACCGGGAUACGUUGAGGUGGCUCAGUACCGAGAUCUAGAGGAGGUGAAGGUGUCCUCGGCUCCCUUCCUGCUCCUGCGAAUCCCCAGCCUGAAGCUGCGCGUUCGGGGCAGGAAGGAGGCGUUCGAGGCCAACCUGAAAACGGAGACGGAGCUCUGGAACCUGAUGGUCAAAGAGAUGUGGGCCGGACGCAACAUGGCUGAUCAACACAAGGACCCUCAGUACAUGCAGCAGGCUCUGACCAACGCCUUGUUAAUGGACGCAGUGGUGGGCAGCCUUCAGAGCAGCAAGGCCAUCUACGCUGCUUCUAAGCUGGCUCACUUCGACCGCAUCAAGACAGAAGUCCCCAUGAUGGUUCCCAAGACGACUGCAGAGACACUAAAGCACAAAAUUAACCCUUCGCUGGAGCUCGCUGCACCUCAGCCUGUGGACGUACUUUUAUACACACCAGGUCAGUUGUGGGUGUCUGUGAGCGGAGGGAAGGUGAUGGUAUUUGAUGCUUCCAGCUGGUCCCUCACACACACCUGCCAGGUUGGCAAAGCAAAACUGAACUGCAUGCUGGGAGUUGACAAGGAUCAGGUGUGGAUGGGCUCCGAGGACUUUGUUAUCUACAUCAUCAGCAUUGUGGCCAUGGUGUGUAACAGACAGCUGACUGAACACAGGGGGGAGGUCACAGGACUGGCGCUCGACACGGACAAAUACAGCCAGAAGGUGGCGUACUCCUGCAGUGCAGAGGGAACAGUCAUGGUGUGGGACAUAUCAACACUACAGGUGAAGAGACACUUCCGCCUCUCCUGUGAUCGACUGGUGUCUGUCUCCGGCUGGAACGGGAAGCUGUGGUGCUGCUCCAGAGACAGUAUAAUGGAGGUGUGGAGGAACGGCUCAUUGAAACAUCGUCUGAAUCUGCCGGAUCAACAAAAAGGAAUUACAGCUACGUUCAGCUCUGUGCUGCUGUUACCUGAGAGGGAGGAGCUGUGGAGUGUGUGUGUGGACUCAGGAGAAGUGUGUAUCUGGUGUAUGAAGGACCCUACCAAACCGUUCCACCGUGUGGCGCUACAGGACUGCACUGGAUGUUACUGCAUGAUUAAAGUGAAAAAUCAGGUGUGGGUUGGUGGUGUGGGCCGCAGCUCCACCAAAGGAAAGAUUUACAUCCUGGACGCAGAGCGCCGACUCGUCCUGAAGGAGCUUCACGGCCACAGCGACAAGGUGACAGCGCUGUGCUCAGCUGAGGACCGCUACGUCCUCAGCGGUGCCGGCAAACACGAUGGGAAGGUUGCAAUCUGGAAGGUGGAGUAGUGAGUACUACGGACUGGAAACGGACAAAGUAACUCUGUUGACGCUCACUGAAAGGACAGUAUAGAAUCUGUGGGAAAACACAAAGGGCCUAGUAUCGGGAGGGGAAUCAAAUUCACAACCUCGACCUGUAACUGCGUCACAGAGAUAUGAAGGAAUCACAUUUUAGUCAUGUGGAGAUUACAUUAAGCGUCACCAGCUGAGCGGCAUCUCCUGCCCGCUAUGAAAUGGUGAAAUGCUGACAUUACCGAUUAUAAAGGAACAUGAAGGACACAUGAAGACUGAAAAAAGAAAAGUGGACGCAGACAAGUUCUGCCGGAUUUUGACUUUUAAACCAAACUGCUUCACUUUACUGAAGGUUUAUACAUUUUGAGCAUUUAUGUUCCACUCCUCCCAUGCAUUAUGUAAUGCUGUACCCUGUUUAUUGUGAGUUUAAUCACACUAGUGUUACGUGGGAACAUCGUGUGACUGAGCCGAGCCUCCAGCUGUGUCUUUGAGCCGAAUCCCGCAGCUCGAACUACCCUGAAAAUAAAACUGGAGAGUUCGCCGUCGCUGCGGGGAAGCUUAUUAUGAUGGAAGUUAUCCUUUGAUGGAAAACACACAGAGGAGAGUGAUGGGAAGAAGAUACAGAGCUGGGACUCGUGACACACCACCGACACGUGAUGUACAGUGAGGUGUGUCUCAGAGGAACUGAAGAACGUCCUGCAACAACUGGAGUCUGUCAGCAAUUAAAAAUGCAUAAUAAGGACCAAUCCUCUCAGUAUAAACCUGAUAUUUACCUUGCUGUUAAAGUUUCUACAUUUUUCUUUACAGAUAUAGUUUGAUCCGUUUUAACAAGGAAGGGUUUUGUCUCACACAGAGGAUAUGAAGGUCCUAGUCAACAAACCCAAGUUCCUGGCUUUAAAACACUUAAUGCAUAUUUGAAUGAAGAUAUUUAUCAUUUAAGGAAAAACACAAGCCAUAAAACACAUAUGUUAAAUAUCUAUUUAUAUUCUGUAGACAUUAGUGUUUUCUACAGUGUUACAAGUAUUUACAAAGUGAAACCAGACAGACUGAUGAUAUUGAUUCUUCAAAUAUGGAGAAUGUUGUUUUCUUACUUUUCGUGUCCCAUGCAACAAGUAAACUUUCUGUGAUUCCUGAAAAUUACUUUUAUGAAGAAAGUGCACUUUUUAACUUUUUAACAAAACAUUACCGGUGGGAUUUAAGCAAUAAAACAUUUGAUCGAGGUUCGAUCAAAGGUUUAACUCCUCGUUUACUAAUGAAUCUAUACAGUUUAUAUAACAGUUGAACAUAAACGUGACAUGUAUUACAAAACUGAUAUCUACUACAACUCAACCAAUGUAUUUAUAUAUAUUUUUUUCCAACUGAAUUUUUUUAAUGACCAUAUGAAACUGCACAAUAUUUCUUCUGAAAGAUUGUUAACAAAGUGUUUUUAAAGCAACAGUGAUCAAUACACUAUU